AUGCAAUUAUCCGUCCUGCUGCCGUUCACCUUCGCCUUUCUGGCAUCUGCUGCAAAGGGUGCUGAUCCAGUACCAGAUCCAUUUGCUCUUGUCUUCUCCCAUGAAAACUACAAAGGCAGCCAGACCUUGGUUGAUAACCAGUGUACUCCCCUCGAUUCUCUUUACAUUGGUUCCAUCUUUAUCCCAACAAUCAAGGAUCACACCAUUAAGUGCUUUUUUUAUAAUGACGAAGAUUGUAUUCAUGAUUCUGUGGUGAUCUCUUAUGCUAUCUCCGAGACGAGUAUCCCUACCAAGAUCUCAGAUCAGAUCAUGGCAGCCGAAUGCCUUUAUUUCUAG